AUAAAUGAUGGAAAAGUUUUUUCCGACCCAUUAAUAUAUCUAUACUAUCCAUACAUUGUACUGUACUUUGAUGCACACAUGUAUGUACAGUGUAUACCCCUGUAGUGUCUAACAAAUCUGUAUAAUAUGACUUCCGAUCUAUAGGUUAGGAUUUUUUUUUGUUUAGUAUAUAAGACCAUCGUUUAUGGCCAUAAAAAUCAUCAUUUGUUAACUGACUGACUAACUAAUCAUUUAGUUGUUAUUUAAAAAAAACUUUUCAAAAAUACUUUCAAUUGAUUUACUAAAAAAGUUUAUUAUAAUUAUAAACUAAAACUAUAUAUAUAUUUUUAGUAUCAAUUUAUUUUGUUUGCUAUUAAUUAUAAAUAUUUUUUGUUGAAAACUAUUGAAAAACUACCAAAAAAUCAUGUCUACCUAUGAAUUGGAAAACGAUUUCAACAAUCAGAUGAAUCUGAAGAAUAAUCGUCUGAUGAGUGCCGCCAUCGCCGGUCAACGACAACAACAGCAGCGGAAAAAACAGUCGACACCAGCUCCGGUAACGCCAAUCAAUUUGGACAGUAAGGAACGGGUCCAGGAAUUUCUGGACAAGUUUGACUUUAUAUUAUCCGAUUGCGAUGGUGUCCUAUGGGUAAACAAUGGUGCCGUCAAGGGUGCAGCCAAGGCCAUCAAUAACCUGCGGUCGAGAGGCAAACGGGUAUGUUUUGCUACGAACAACAGUACGAAAACCCGUUACGAAUUUCACGACAAACUACUGAAACUCGGUUUUGAAGCCGAUUUGGACGAACUGUUUCCCACUUCCUAUUCGACGGCCGUCUAUCUGAAGUCAAUCGGUUUCGAGCGCAAAGUUUUCAUUGUCGGCCAAUCGGGUAUUGCCGGCGAACUGGCCGAAAUGGGUAUCGAAUCGAUGGGUGUUGGACCUGAUUUUACACCCAGACACUGGACACCCGGAAUGGCCGAAGUAGACAUUGAUCCCGAUGUUGGGGCAGUGGUCGUCGGUUUUGACAAUCAGAUAUCGUUUCCGAAGUUGACCAAAGCCUGUACGUAUGUCAAAGAUCCUGGUUGUCUGUUCAUUGCCAGCAAUGCCGAUGAAUCGUUUCCGCAUCCCGAUCCUCGGGUAGCCGUUCCCGGACCUGGCGCUUAUGUAGCCGCCAUUCAGGCAGUGACCGGUCGCGAACCGAUACCGUUGGGCAAACCCUACCAGUAUUUCUUCAACAUUAUCCGUUUGCAACAUCCCGAGAUCGAUCCCAAGCGGACAAUUAUGAUCGGCGAUCGGCUGACCACUGAUAUGGUUUUUGGUCGUAACAAUGGCCUGAAAACAUUGUUUGUCCAGUCGGGUAUCGGUACCUACGAUGAUAUGGUCAACUUUCGUAACUCACCCGAUCCCGAGGAUCAUAAAUGUGUUCCCGAUUACUAUCUAAACUCGUUGGACGACUUAAACAAAUAUUUAUAAAUUACUUUUACUUUUAAGUAACUUUUUAUUUUACUUAUAUAUUUAAUUAUGUUUU